AUGAAUACUAGGAGGAACGUUGGUCAGAUGAGAAGAGGUGCAACUGCUGGGGACAAUCAACUUGCACCCCAGGCUCCAGCUGAAGGAGUAGCCAUGCCGAUUAACCCUUCUGGGUUGACUUAUGCUGAGGUGAGGGCAUAUCUGGCCCAGAUGGAACAGGCCAUCACUAUACAGGCUCAGGCCAUGACUGACCAAGUCAACCGGCAAAAUGUUCAGAGGGAGAACCCACCGGUUCGUACCAUGGCUGACAGGUUGAGAGACUUCACGAGGAUGAAUCCUCCUAUUUUCAUAGUGUCUAAGACUUCAGAGGACCCCCAGGAGUUUGUGGAUGAGGUAGAGGACAGCCGCAAAAAGAGGGGCAUUCAUGAUGCUAGGAGGCCUAAGCCUCAAGAUCAUGCAGGUCCCAGCCAUGGAGGCCAUAUAAAUAAUUUUGGCGUCCGUGAGCAGCCCAGGUUCAAGAAGGGGCAGCAGAGUUCUGGGAACUCUAAUUCUCAAAGGAGUACAACACCUAGAGGAGGCAGACCUGAGACCAAGAAGAGCAAUGGAGGUGAGAUGCAGCGUCCCAAAAAGAACUGUGCUAAGUGUGGCCAUGCUCAUAGUGGAGAGUGCAGACAGGGUACUAAUGCCUGCUUUGGUUGCCGUAAGAGUGGGCACAUGGUUAGAGACUGA